UUGUUACGUUGGCUACAUUGUCAGAUGUAAACGGCGGGUAACGGAAGAAAGACCAUUUGUUUACGAGGACUGGACCGCCAAAAGAAACGAUAUGUCGGAUCAAAGUUUUGUGGGCAUCGUGCCGCGUGGAGAAGUGGCCGGGCUGUUCGCGCAGUUCCUCAACCAGAGUGGCGGCGGGAAGGCGCCCUCAGGACGGCGGGAACGGGAAGCGGAGUCCGGGCGGCGCGAAGGGCGUCGUCGUCAAAGCCAGCGGCAGGAGAAUCCGCGCCAGCAGCACCGUGGCCCGCAGGAACGGCCUUACUCGCGUGGACCACGCCCACGCCGAACACUGUCACACGACUUGCUUCCACUUUGGAAUGGCCACCAAAUAUUCGGUGAUAGCAUGAUGUUGCGGUUUGCGGGGCUCACCACAUCUGCAAGGCCAUCCUUCAACAAAUCUUUGAAUGCCAACCAGCUUGGUUACUGCGUCAGUGGGCAGACCAGCGGUCAACUUCUCCGCUUCAUGAAAAGCAAACAACGCCCAAAGAUGGCAAAGAAGGCGAUUCUUAUGAUUGGGACGAAUAACAUCCUGAAGCGAGUGCCUCUAGAAGAAAGCAAAAGAGCCCUCUCAAAUAUCGUCGAAGAAUUGAAAAAAUCAACUGACAAGCUGAUAGUGAUGACUAUACCCCCAGUUCCAAAGCUAAUGAAAGACAAAACUGCUGUGGAGGCUAUCAAAUCUUAUAACUUAUGCAUAAAAGCAAUUCCAAACUCUGAUGGAAUAAUUGUUCAGGACAUAAGUCCCUUAUUUUAUGAAGAGAAUACCAUAAGGAUGGAAUUGUUUGAGACUGAUCAAAUUCACUGGACCAGAGCUGCGAUGCAGAUGGUAGCUGAACAGCUGAAGGAGACCAUUCUAUUAAGUUAGUUAGUCAGGCAAGCUCAUGAUGUUCCUCACUGCUUUGGUAAAAAAUAAUAACUAUGAUAAUAAAUAGUUACUCUCAGAAUGUAAUGUAUAUCAGAAUGUGAUUUCAUGUCAUGAAAUAAUAGAUUGAAACAAUGUUCAAAGACAAAACUUGAGUUUAUUGGAUUAGAUUAUUAUUUACCAGUCAAUUGGAAACAAAAUACACUAUUGCAUACACACAAGAGAGAAUGAACUCACUUGAUCAGGGCACAAAAAAUGUUGUGGCAGCCAUUUGCACUGAUUACGAGAAACUUUCCAAAACAGACACGAAUACAAGAUCGAAGUCCACAGACUAAUC